GAAGAUUCAGAUCCUAUACUUUCUCCACCGGAUCUCGAAAUCGGAGACGAUGGCCGCCGACGGGAUAUUUCGCAGCAUCUUCGAAGGAUGUAUCUCAGGCCUCGAUUCCGCCAUCGAGAGACGUCCUUACCACAAAAACUGCGGAUGUGCGCUACACGAUAAAUCAAGCGGCGGCGUUGGAAAAAAUCAAAAUCAGAAACGGCCGCCGUCUUGUCGCCGACACGGAAGCUCAGAGAGCAUAUCGUUCCCGAUCCGAAGAUCUUGGAGCGAAGGAAACAUCAUGGCUCUGAAUAUGUUUCCUUCAUCGUCGUCUUCGUCUAAUCUCCAAUCGCUUUCGUCUUCCUCUUCUCUAUCAAAUCUGGCGUCCGAUUUACCGGUGGACGAAGCUGCGACGGAGGUUCCGAGUAGAUCUAAUCAACAACAGCUGCGAUGGACGAUUGACGAAGAUGAUUGAUUGAUUGAAUGAUUGAUGAUGAUGAUCAAUUCCAGGUUGUUUUGUUGUUAAUUUUUUUUGCUAAUCUACGUUGGGUUUAAUUAAUUUCCUUAAUAAUUUGUAUUUGAGGACAAAAAUAAACACAAUUAUGAUUUGUCGUUUUGUAUUAUUUUUUUUUCAUUUUUGGGAAAGAAACUAAAAUGUUUGAGGGGUUGUUUACAAUUGGAAUUUUGAAUAUGAUUAGCUUGUGGAGAGGUUAGUUAAUUUGUUCUUCUUUAUGAUUGUAGAGAGAGUAAAAGUAAUUUAGGAAUCUUUGUUAGAUCUUUGGCAAUAAAGCAUCUCUCGUUGUA